AUGUCAAGCUGGUCUGGGUACGAGUCGGACGAUGUUUAUGCGGCCGAUGCAGAGGAGGGCACCAGCAAAAUCAGCACAGCCAGCAACCACAGUGCCGUCCGGUCUAGGUCCAAACGACGAGUCCUUCGCACCGCAGCGACGAGUGCAAAUCCGGAUGGAAACCCAGCUGCAAAUACAGAUUCCGGUCCUGGCCUCGUCGCUGGAGUAUUUCUACCUCCUAGGGGUUCCAGCCUGAAUGGAAACAGUUCCUACCGUAGCGAGCAGAUGCUGCAGCACCAGAACCAGCACCAGCACCAGCACCACUCCCACUGGCACGCCAACGCCAACCGUCUGCGACAGCGACCCACGACGAAACAGGCGAACGCCUCAGAAGUGCCAGGGCAGCCCCACGAGUCAACCACUCAUGCCCUUGCACGGGGCUUCCAUCAACAACCUUUGCAUUCUCGGCAUGGCUAUUCUGACCGUGAUGGCGACUCCUUUUUGUGUCAAGAUGUAUUCUCGUCAUCCGAUGGCCGCCCGACUCAAUUCUACUCGCCGUCGCCGCCCUUGACAAUACCCGCAUCGCCGCCAAUAUCACCCGAAUGGCCCUCCCUCACCGGCAUCAGCAAUAAUUCUUUUGGGGGCAGCAUUACCACAACCACCACAACCUCCUCCUACGAGACCUCAAUUCCCACCUCUGCUAGCUUCAACAAUACCGUGAGAUCCCCUACUAUUUCAUCUACCUCCUUGUCAGCGCCGACGACGCCCCUGCAAUCCCCAACCCGAAAAUCAUUCGCCUCCUAUCACUCGCAAACCUCGUCCCGUUUCCCGGGUCUCAGCUCCCAUCCUCCCCUUUUCGAUUCGGCUGCGCCUGUACACCCGUAUCAAAAACCACUUCAGCCCUCGUCCCCAGGCAUACCUGAGUUCCCGGAUCUCGAGCAGGAAGACCCCUACAUCCGUAGACCGAAUACGGCUGCCCCUGCCUGCAGCCCCAAAAGCCCAUAUUUUACUUCUACGUCUGCAAAUCAGCCACCCGGUCCUGUCACAUAUCGCCCAAGCACGCCACCUUCGUCCCGGCCGUCCAGCAGCCGAGCGGGUGAGGACUCAACAAUGGCCGUUGAAAACUUUUCACGACCUCGCAACCCGAGCGUCUCCCGGCCCAACAUGCAGACGCUGCCGUCUAACCCCCGCCCAAUUGGACAUUUCGACCAAGACGAGACCUACAGCGGUAACAGCCAAAUACAUGCCCCUGAAACAGCAGGCUGGCCACGGCAGAGAGGCCCUUCUGUCUCGUCCGCCAAGUCCGCCGCAACAUAUUCCUCGAUACCGAGUACCCGUACCCGGCCUUCCAACGACCGCCUCAACGUCGCCUACCGAACGAUGCCUCGCACGGCAACGACAACACUAACCGCACCGGGUCCCAGUUCUUCAAAUGGCAUGAUAUCCCCGGGCCUGUCGAGGCCACAGAUGGCAUACAGGCGUGAGGAGAGCAAUGGUUCAUUGAAGAAGCAGCCGAGUUUGACCGGCCAUGGCAGGGAAGCUGCACCUUGGGCCGCUGACGAGGAGGAAAUGCGCUCAAGUUACCGUUCUCAGCUCACAGGCUCGACGACACAGGGUACUAUGUACUCCAAUGUUGGAACCGAGAGGAGUAGCAUACACACUAAGAACAGCUCGAAAACAUCAAUCUCGUUGUCUGGGCACGGCCAUGGCACGGAUGACAACGGACUGAGCGUAGAAGACGUCAUGGGCAUGUACGAAAAGGGAUUUGCGGACUCGACGGGUGCCGAGGAUAACGAUAUGGAUAGCCCAAGAAGGGGCAGCAGUGUCCGGAAUCGUAGCCGCUCGACCUCUUACUCCCUAUCCCACUCAAGGAAUUCUUCGAGGACUCAUGGCAACGUUGGAACGCAAAUUCGCGAGGCUAUGGACGAUUCCUUGCCGCUGCCGGGCAAGAUACUGGCAGCAAACAAUGCAGAUGGGCCAGUGUUUGUACGGGAUUCGGCGGCCUUCUUCAGAAACUCUGGGCUUCCGCAAAGCGAUUCUGAGGCUACGGGCCCUGGCCAACCAACACCAAAUGAACCUUCCAGGCAAAUUCCGCACAAGACAACCGAUUCAUCCAGCAGCAAACACGAUUCUGCCAAGCUUCUGGACACUGACGACAACUCUAUGAUUGGACGAAACGUCAGCACCAAGUCAACGCGUACACACAGAUCCACCCCGUCGUUAAGCAAGGGACCUAGGACCUCGGUGUCAAGCCCAGAUCUCACAACCGUCCUCUCCAACGACGAGCCACCGCUUCCGACAGCAGCACAGACGGAAACAUCACCCAUAACGUCCACCAAUACGAACAAUCAACUCUUCUCCGCACCCGAGGAAGACGAUCCUUCCGCUCGGGAUCGGUAUGGCUUCCGGAAACAUAACCAGUACAUUUCACGCGAGCAGUAUGAUGCCUGGGACACUCAGUACAGCGCCUACCUUGCCCGCAGGAAAAAGAAGUGGGCGGCGUACCUCAAGGAUUCCGGGUUGAUUGCGGAUCAGCCAGAUAGGUUCCCUCCGCGCACUGCUAAAACUAAGCGUUUUAUUCGCAAAGGUAUACCGCCAGAAUGGCGGGGCGCGGCAUGGUUCUAUUACGCAGGGGGACCAAGCAUUCUUGCCAAGCACGCUGGUGUCUAUGACGACCUCAUAAAGCGCUCCCAGAGACCAGGUGAGCCGAAGGAAGUUGAUGUCGAGGCGAUCGAGCGUGAUUUACAUCGCACGUUUCCCGACAACGCGAGCUUCCGAUUCUCGACCGCGGAACCCGAAGACAGCGAAGGUACGGAAAGCGGGACCGGAGAACCCAAGAUCAUCAGCAGCUUGCGAAGGGUAUUGCUUGCCUUUGCCAUCUAUAACCCUCAGAUCGGAUAUUGCCAGAGCCUGAACUUCCUGGCCGGCCUUCUAUUGUUGUUCGUGGAAACAGAGGAGCAAGCUUUUUGGCUGCUGAACGUCAUUACCAUCUUGCACCUGCCGGGAACCCACGAAAUGUCGCUCGAGGGAUCCAAGGUUGAUUUGGGAGUGCUUAUGGGCGCCGUUAAGGACUCUAUGCCGGGAGUUUGGGCCAAGGUCGGCAGCGAGCUCGACGGUGAAGCCCCUCGUCCACAAACCCAAGGUAACGGCGCCGCCAAGGCCAAGAAAUCGUCGCGGAAGGCUGGCAAGGGCGCUGCUGUCGCACCAUCUGAUCGCCUUCCUCCAAUCACCUUGUGCAUGACGGCAUGGUUCAUGUCGUGCUUCAUCGGCACCUUGCCGAUAGAGACGACGUUACGCGUCUGGGACGUCUUCUUCUACGAGGGCAGCCGGACCCUGUUCCGUGUGGCGCUCGGGAUUUUCAAGCUGGGCGAGAAUGAGAUCCGCGCAGUUCAGGACCCGAUGGAGAUGUUUGGGGUUGUUCAAGCGCUGCCUCGCAGGCUGCUCGACUGCAACUUGGUCAUAGAGGCCACCUUCCGGAGACGCAAUGGCUUUGGGCAUCUGAGCCAGGAAACUAUUGACGAGCGACGUCUUGAAAGAAGGGAGGCGCUGAAAGAGGCAAGAAGGAUUGAAACCGAAGGGGGCAACAUGGCCGAAGCUGAUGGAACUUCUGGAGUGAGGAGAAAAAACACCCUCUUUGGACGAAGGAAAAAUAAAGAAGCCCCGUGA